GGACAACCAAUAUUCUCGUGCCAUUCGUGGCGAAGAACAUGUCAAAGGGGAAAAAUGAAGAUAAUUUAAAGGAUAAAAUAAAGAAUUUACUAGGAUUCUCAAAGGAAAAGGAUAAAGCAAUCACCUUUCAAAAGAGCCAAACUAAAGAAAUAGUAUUCACCCCAGAACGUUUGAGGGAGAUAGGCCCUGAAAGUCCUGCAAAUAAUAGACUUAGAACAAUAAGAGAGCUAAGUGAUGUGGUGAAAGUUAAAAGGUUAGAGGAGAAUGCAAUUGAAGCAUUAUGGCAUAGUAUUAAAGAUUUAGUACAGAGUACAUCACCAUCAGAGAGUAGAAUUGUUGCCUUACAUUUCCUGAAAUGCCUUCUAGAAGGACAGUACCAGUAUUUAGGGAUCCUGAGAGCUUUCUUUUUCCAUGUCAUUGAAAGUUUAACAGUACCAAGUGAUACAGCAUACAGGUUGGAUUUGUUGUUAAUUCUGAGUGAACAUGGAAGAAAUUUACAUGAGUUUGAAGAAGAUGCAGGACCUUUUCUGCUUAAAUGGAUGCCACAAGUAGUAUUGUCACCAGGGAAGAUAAAGGAAUAUUUAGAACUUAUUGACAAUGUUAUCAAGUUUAAUGCUGCUUACUUAGAUGAACCUGUGGUCUCGGGAAUAGUGAAACAGACAUGCAUGGUGACAAAUAAAGGUAACUCAGAAGAAAUAAAUAAGGGUUGUUUGGAUGUACUGAAUACUGUACUGUGUUACAGUUUUUUGCCUACAGAAUGCUUAGAUUACUUCAUUGCUGCCUUAUGUCGCAUGGUCAAUAUGGCACAUUUUUGUCAGUCAAGCUGGGAUUUGAUGAGGAAGUUAUUAGGAACUCACCUAGGCCAUAGUACUAUUUACACCAUGUGUUGUAUGUUGCAAAACAAGCGACAACCAAUUGACCAUGAGUUAUUACGUGGUGCUGUUUUUUUCAUUGGAAUGGCUCUUUGGGGCUGUAAGAAAGUGCCAUCAUUAAAACACACGGCUUCAUCUGUGCUUCCUUCAUUUCUACAGGUGCUAUCAACGAACAGUUACAUGGUUGGACAUGAAGUAAUAUUAAGUGUACAGAGACUAUUGAAAAAGUAUGGUAAAGAAUUACAGUAUGUCACCUGGAACUGUAUACUGGAUAUUAUGGAAAGUCUUCUCAAAUUAUUUGAGACUCCAGUCCAAACAACACAGCAAGGGUUUACACAGAUGGUUGCAAAUUUGCACGAAAUCUUAACAACAAUUGAGGAACUGUAUGCACAUGGUCAUUAUAGUGGUUGUGUAUCCAGAUUCUUUAAAAUCAUAGAGUUAUGUUCUACUAAAAGACCAGAAAGUUCAGUUUUAAUGUUAAUUGAUUAUGAUGCUCAGCAAAUCCACCCAGGAAAGGAGAACUGGUUAUCUAACAUGUACCAAUUAUUGGACAAAUAUUUCAGACAUGAACACAGGACAGUGAUACGAGUGAAAGCAUUGAACAUUUUGUCCUUUACACUCAGUGUCAAUAAACAUAUGCAUGAGGAUGAUUUGAUCAACAAUGUUGUGCUGCCACAUCUCAGCCAUAUUGAAACUGACAAAGACCCUGUAGUUAGAAAGGUUGCAGCAGACAUAUUGAUAUGUCUGGCACAGAGUUGUAGUCCUGCUUGUUUUGCUGAUAUAAUAGGACUCCUUGACAAGUUAAUAACAAGACCAAUGGUAGCCUACCUAACUUCACCACAUCCAGGGAUGGACGGCAGUGAUAUGUUACAGAAACUGGAAGAGAGCCACCUGGUGGACAUUAAAACAUCAUUAUUAGGAUUAGUAGAUUUAUUUAAAACAAAGUUAUACACACGGCCAUCAAACCAGUGUUUGAAGUUGUAUGAAUUGUUGAUCACUCAUAUGAAAAACCAGUAUUCUUCACCUAAAGAGUAUGUCAGUUAUGCCGCUGCUACUGUUAGGAAAGCUAUAUUAGAAUCAUUUUUGCUAUUAAGAUGUGACAGUUUACAUAGAUUAGGAUUUAUUGAUAAAAGUCAAGAAGACAAUCAAUUUAUAUUUAGUCCCUAUAUUGUGUGCCAAACCAGCGAAGAAGAUGAAGGUGAUCUUCAACCAUGUAGUCCUCCAGAACAAACCAGUAGUGCUGCCUUCCUGUGGUCCCAAGCUGCAUUACUUAGCUAUGAUGAAAUUUUCAACAUGUUCAUAGACUGUUUAGAACAUGACAAAGACUGGCAAGUAAUGGAGUGUGUAUUGGUCAACUUACCACUGCUACUACAGAACAAAUCAUUAGUGCUAUCAACAAAUCGUAACAUGGUAGAUGUACUGUGUCAAAAGUUGUGUUCUAUGGUGAAUGACAGACAGUUAGGGUUUCCAGAGAAGUUACAGAGUAUACCUCCAGGAAAGUUCACACGUUCAGACUUCCACACUUUUAUAUUUCCUGUACUAGUGUCAUUAGUAUCCUAUCAUUCUUACCUGGAUAAAAAUAAACAGAGACAGCUUAUAAAGUGCUUAGAGUUUGGAUUAGUAUCUAAAUGUUCCAAGAUAUGUACUAAUUCCUUGCGAAUCUGUACAUUAGAGAUGCAGGACGUUAUGAUGAGAUUGUUACCAUCAGUACUGUUACAGCUGUCAAAGAUCUCGGCCACUGUCCAUAUGGCUAUUCCUGUCUUGGCUUUCCUUUCAAGUAUUGUUCGUUUACCAAAGAUGUAUGCCAACUUUGUAGAAGAUGAAUACAUGAGUGUCUUUGCCAUAGCUUUACCUUAUACUAACCCUUUCAAAUUUAGUCACUACACUGUGUCGCUGGCUCAUCAUAUUAUAGCCAUCUGGUUUAUAAGAUGCAGAAUGCCAUUUAGGAAAGGAUUUGUUAGAUUUAUUCAGAAGGGACUUAAAGCCAAUGUUCUGAAACAUUUUGAAGACAAUGCAUUAAGCCAUCUAAACCAAGAUUCAUCAGAAAGAGGUCGCUCAGCUACCUAUAAUGAACCUGCAUUUAAAGCACGUAGAAGGAUAUCAUCUGGUACAGGUAAUCCACAACGUUCUGUGUCACCACCUGUUGAUGAGAAGAUGUCAGUUUUCCAUAAAGAACUAACAGAAACUUGUACUGAUAUUAUGUCUAGAUAUACAUUUGCUAACUACAGUGCUGUACCACAGAGGUCACAAGUGGCUGAGUUUCUUUUAAAUGGUGGCCAAUCACAAACAUGGAGUGUUGGUAAUAAAUUAAUCACUAUUACGACCAGUGGUGGAGCUGGAACUAAAUAUAGCAGCACGGGAGUCCUCUGUGAUAAGUGUAUGGCACAUUAUCAGCCACAAAGUCAGCCAGCUGAACAGAAGACACCAGUCACUCCUGGCAGACGACGCCACAGAUCUGCCUUUGUAGGGCGGAGCACAUCUUUGAUUGACAAUUCCAAAGGAAGUAUUGAUGACAUAGGUGUCCAAUCAAGACUCUCAUUUAAUGAUGAUAUGAGUUUGGAAGAGGCUCUUGAAGGGCAAGAGGUUGGGGUACAAACUGGGACAUCUCUCACAGAACAUACACCAAAAUCAGGAUUUGAAAGUGAAAAUCUAGAGUCAAUACUUUGUGGGUCAAUGAACAAAUCAACAGAUGGUAGGAUGUUUAGUAACUACCAAUGUAAUUGUUGGUGUACAGGAUGGGCAGAAGUAUACAUCAGAUCUCCUAGUGGUGUCAUUGGCUGGAUGAUGAGAAUUGAAAAUGAAACAUCAAUGACUUCACUUCAGGACUCACAGUUUCAUGAUUUUACAAUAUUAUUUGCUAACUUUCGUAAUGCCAAACAGCCAGACAUAGACAGCUUGAGUAGCAGGAUUGAUGUAGACAGUUUAGGAGAAGAAGAAUAUGUUUCACUGUAUGAUCAACAUUUCCCAUCUGAUCACGGAUCUUCAGGUGGAUUGUUUGCUGAAUGUACUGAAGGCAUACAGAUUUUGAUUGAUGGAAACAAGCAGAUUAAUGAAUCAAAUGGUCAGGUUGAAAAGGAAGUAACAAAAGACUCGACUAACGAAGAAAAUGAAAGCAUUAUUUCUAUGUUGAAGAGAAGCACAUCAUCCCCAUCACUGUUAGAAACAGGAAAUAAUCACUCCGGUGAAAAAGACUCAAUUCCAUCCCAUAUUGAUGAUUCAAAUAAACUUUUGCGUGAAUCAGAUUCUAAUUUACAUAAAAUAGUGGUUGAUGGUUCAAAAGUAAAAGAAGAUGGUAUGAAUUUGAGUGUGGUGUCAAACAGACCUAGUAAUAUAUCUAAAAGCACAAAUAUUCUAAGUCCAACUAGUCAACCAAAUAUUGUGAAUCCUCCACAACUGUCUUUGUCACCAGAAAGUUCUGAAUCCUCUGUUCAUGAUGAGUUGCCAGAUUUACCGGCAUUCAAGAAACAAAGAGGUCAUACCAUAUCUGUGGUGACCCCUGAAAGAGGCCACGAUGACAGAUCAGCGACAAAAGAUGCUGGUAGAGGUGGCAUCAAUCCAAGUUUUGUGUUUUUACAAUUGUACUUUGGAGGAAUGUUGCACCAUGGGAACGAAAUGCCACUUCUACUACCACAAACUGAUAUUAUGAAGAGAGCCAUUAACAAUCUUGAUAGGAUUUACCCUUUUGCCACCCAUAAGAUUGGUGUUGUUUAUGUUGGUACAAGCCAGACAAAAGAUGAGAAAGCAAUAUUUUCAAACCAGUCAGGGUCAGAGAGAUAUAUCAAAUUUUUACAAGGUUUAGGACAAUUAAUACGACUACAUGAUUGUGAUCCAAACAAAGUUUACAUUGGAGGUUUAAAUAAAGAUGGCAGUGAUGGACAGUAUUGUUAUGGAUGGCAAGAUGAAACUUUGCAUGUGAUUUAUCAUGUUGCUACCCUGAUGCCAAACAAAGAGUCUGACCCAAACUGUAAUACCAAGAAACUGCACAUUGGUAAUGACUAUGUAACUGUUGUAUAUAAUGAUAGUGGUGAAGAUUACAGAAUUGGAACAAUAAAGGGACAGUUUAACUAUGUAAACAUUGUGAUCAAGCCAUUAGACUAUGAAAGUAAUGCUAUAACAUUACAGGCAAAAGAAGUACCAUUUCAGGACAGUAUCACAACAGAUAUAGCUGAAAUUCUUGGUCACAAAGAUACUAAAGUGAUAUCUGAUGAACAUUUAUCAGACUUAGUAAGACAGAUAGCUGUAAAUUGUAAUUUAGCAUCAUUAGUGCUACAAAGACAACAGUCUAAUCCAGAGGAUCCGUUUGCUAGUAAUCCACUGGAACGGCUACGACAAAUAAAGAGGAUUAAACAGAAAGCCUUACUAGAGUUAGGACUAAAGAACCCUACAGAGCAAGAUAACAGAGCACAAAAAUUAGAUGAUUUUACCGAAUUUGUUUAGAUCAUUUAACAAAAAUUGUGUAAAAAUAAUCAAUUUAGGUAGGAGAUCUAUUGAUCUUUUUUAAAAAAAUCUAUUAGUAUCACCACAAAAACUUUGAUGAGUGCAACUGAACUAGAUUAUGACAUGAAUUGCUGCUCAAGUAAAAAAAGUCAUGAUCUCUUCUAUAGAUUAAUAUCAGACAUCUCAUAUAUAAAAAUAUAUAAUACAUUCCCAGUAAAAGCAUAAAAAAUGAUGAAUUAAGAAAAAAAUGUUUUAUUUAAUGUUUUUAAAGAUCAGGGGCUGGUGACACAGCAUUAAGGUAACAUUGCCUUAAGUAAGAGUAUUUUUUUCUUCAAAUUACCAUUAAUAAUUGUGCAUUACAUGUGCAGUGAAGUUGCUGAAAGGACAAAGUAAUGACUCCUUCACGUUUGCGUCCAUAACACUAUGGUAGUUACUGUAUAGAUCAAUAUAAAAAUAAGAAGAUGUGGUAUAAUUGCCAAUGAGAGAACUCUCCACCAGAGAUCAAAUGAAAUAGAUUUUAACAAGUCUUGUUUCUAUCUUCCAUCAAACAAUGUGCAUUGUUUUGUCAUGGACAUUGUGUAAAGCCUAUAUAAUUUCAAGAUCUUGUAUUCAAAUUUCAAGGUCACAGCAGGUUUCAUGGUACAUCCUUAUCCUUAUGUCAGAUUUAAACAUUAACUGUAAUAAAAUAAAAUCAUAUCAAAAGCUAUGACCCAUUCUAAAAAGUUUUAGAUAGAAGAAGGGCAAUUUGAAAUGGGACUAAAAAGAAGUUUAAAUAUAGAUAAGUAAAAACUUUUGUAAAAGGAUUUCUUUAAUAGGAUAAAAACAGAAUUUUUGUUCUUGCAUAAAUCUUAUAUUAUAUGUUAAUAGUCUCAAUUAAAAGUAUUUGAAACCAAAUGUAGUUUAUGUUAAUAGUCAUAACGAUAAGCAUUUGAAACCAAAUGUAGUUUAUGUUAAUAGUCAUAACGAUAAGCAUUUGAAACCAAAUGUAGUUUAUGUUAAUAGUCAUAACGAUGAGCAUAUGAAACCAAAUGAAAGACUGAAAAAGAAUUGAUUGAUUGGUUGAUGUUUGCUUUAUGCUGUCUCAGCACAAAAAUAAAGCUAUAUAUUCUGGUGAACACUUUUUUGGUUAGUACAAUCAUAAUUUCAAGCACAUUUUUUGUAUAUUUGAAACUUUAAAACUUAUCUUCAUCAAAGUAAGAUUGUUUGUAUGUUGAGUGAUUUUUUUACUCGAUUUCAGUAGAUUCUUUAAAAAAAAGAUGCACAUUUGCAAUAUUAAAAGCAUUAUUCUGUAAUUCUGUAAUUGGCAAACUUUACAUUUCUACACAUACAUUUUCAGGGAAAGGGAUCUAUUUUCACUGUUUCUGAGCAUUCCUGGAUCUUAAAGCAGAAGGGUCUACACUAAAUGCAUUGAAAUUUGCAUUCAAUAAAAAAUACAGCAAUCUAAAAUUUUAUAUUGAUAGGUUUUAAAAGUUCUUUGAUUGUUACUGUGUAAUAACAGGUUGUUUUAUGAUUUUUGUCGAGCCUGCGACUUUUGUCGCAGAAAGCUCGACAUAGGUUUAGCGAUCCGGCGGCGGCGGCGGCGUUAGCUAACUUCUUAAAAGCUUUAUAUUUUAGAAGAUGGAAGACCUGGAUGCUUCAUAUUUUGUAUAUGAAUGCCUCAUGUUACGAAGUUUCCGUCAGUCACAUGUCCAAUGUCCUUGACCUCAUUUUCAUGGUUCAGUGACUACUUGAAAAAAAAGUUCGGAUUUUUUGUAAUGUUAAAUUCUCUCUUAUUAUAAGUAAUAGGAUAACUAUAUUUGGUAUGUGCGUACCUUGCAAGGUCCUCAUGCCCGUCAGACAGUUUUCACUUGACCUCGACCUCAUUUCAUGGAUCAGUGAACAAGGUUAAGUUUUGGUGGUCAAGUCCAUAUCUCAGAUACUAUAAGCAAUAGGUCUAGUAUAUUCGGUGUAUGGAAGGACUGUAAGGUGUACAUGUCCAACUGGCAGGUGUCAUCUGACCUUGACCUCAUUUUCAUGGUUCAGUGGUUAUAGUUAAGUUUUUGUGUUUUGGUCUGUUUUUCUUAUACUGUAUGCAAUAGGUCUACUAUAUUUGGUGUAUGGAAUGAUUGUAAGGUGUACAUGUCUAGCUGGCAGGUGUCAUCUGACCUUGACCUCAUUUUCAUGGUUCAGUGGUCAAAGUUAAGUUUUUGAGUUUUGGUCUUUCUUUCUAAUACUGCAUGCAAUAGGUCAGCUAUAUUUGGUGUAUGGAAUGAUUGUAAGGUGUACAUGUCUAGCUGGCAGGUGUCAUCUGACCUUGACCUCAUUUUCAUGGUUCAGUGGUCAAAGUUAAGUUUUUGAGUUUUGGUCUUUUUUUCUAAUACUAUAUGCAAUAGGUCAACUAUAUUUGGUGUAUGGAAAUAUUUUAUGAUCUAUAUGUCAGUUAUGCAGGUUUUAUUUGACCUUGACCUUAUUUUCAAGGUUCAUUGCUCAGUGUUAAGUUUUUGUGUUUUCGUCUGUUUUUCUUAAACUAUAAGCAAUAGGUCAACUAUAUUUGUUGUAUGGAAGAAUUGUUAGCUGUACAUGCCUGCCUAGCAUGGUUCAUCUGACCUUGACCUCAUUUUCAUGGUUCAUUGGUCAAUGUUUAGUUUACUUGGUUAAUGUUAAGUUUAUGUGACAGUUGUAAUAAAGCUUUAUAUUUAGGACUAUCAACAUAAUAUCAAUGAUUAGUAAAGAAGGCGAGACAUUUCAGCGUGUGCACUCUUGUGAUUUUCUGUCCAAUGGACACAUUAUGUUUUCUUUUACUCCUGUUUGCUAAUAAACUCCUUUCUCAAUGGAACUUUCUUUAUCCAUAUAUGUAUGAAGGUUAAGAACCUGAUGAGAUUGUUGAAAGUGCAUAACAUUGUGUUAAUUAGUCACUAUUUGUUUUUGAUGUAAUGCUUUAUAUAUUUAAAUGAGAAUUAGUUCUCCAUAUAAUUUCUGUAUGGCUUUAUGAACUCUUAUUGCUAUAUAAAUUUGCAUACAUACUUUUAUUUAAUACUGUAUUUUGUGUAUUAGUGCACAUAUUUCUAUUUAUUUAUGAUCCUUUCUUUCAUUCUAAAACUGAUUGGUAGAUACUAGCAAAAUCAACUUUACUAUUCUUUCAAUGAGAUGACCAUUACACAUAGGGUAGUGUAAAUAUUUUUACAUCAAUUUUUGUCUCACCUUGACAAAGCGAGACAUAGGUAUGCUGUUUCUGGAGGUGUAUGCGCAGCGUCAACGAUGUAUUAGUUUGUGAUUAGGUCAGUUUAUGGGGAACCUCUAGAGGUAGGUCAAUGAUAUUUGGUAUGGAGUUGUAUUAGCAUUUGCACAUCUCAUUUCAAUGGAGAUUAUGUGGCCCCAGCCCUCAGUCAUGGUCUAUUUAUUGACUUUGAAACUUUUGCUUAGUUUACAUGUUUUAGUUUGUGAUUAGGUCAGUUUAUGGGGAACCGCUAGUGGUAGGUCAAUGCUAUUUAGUAUGCAGUUAUAUAAGCAUUGGCACCUCAUUUCAAUGGAGAUUAUUUGGACCCACCCCCUCAGUCAUGGUCUAUUGACUUUGAAACUUUUGGUUAGUUUUCAUUUAUUGAUUUGUGAUUAGGUCAGUUUAUUGGGAACCACUAGUGGUAAGUCAAUGCUAUUUAGUAUGCAGUUGUAUAAGCAUUGGCACAUCUCAUUUCCAUGGAGAUUAUUUGGACCCACCCCUUCACUCAUGGUCUAUUGACUUUGAAACUUUUGGUUAGUUUUCAUGUAUAAGUUUGUGAUUAGGUCAGUUUAUGGGGAACCACUAGUGGUAGGUCAAUACUAUUUGAUAUGCAGUUGUAUUAGCAUUGCCACAUCUCAUUUCCUCGGAGAUUGUUUGGCCCUGUACCUUCAGUCAUGGUUCAUUGACUGAAUAUUUAUCAUUUUAAUUUCAACAUUUGCAUUUUACUAUCAAAAUAGCUAAAAGGGGAGACAUAUCUCUGUGUUAACACUUUAUUUUAUUAUCUUUGAAAAUAUGGCUUAAAAGUGUUUGAGUCUGGUUCUAUGCUCUUUUAAUCUGCACUAAAAUGUAGUUGCAUAUUGAAAAAAAAAUUGGAGUAACUAGAGCUGAAUGUUAUUUUUAAAGUGCCAGAGAGUUUCAUAACAUUAUAGGAAUAUAUCAUUAGUAACUCAAAUAAGUAAGUACUGUACAAUGUCGAUUAUAAAUACAUAUUUAUAUAUAGCCAAUUUAGCAAAAUUAGCAUUCAAAAUCUUCUCUAUAACCUUAAGGGUAAGGCACAGUAAAUUGGCUAUGUCACAGAUUUUGGUAAAAGUCUGCAUACAACUUUGGCUCUUUGAACUAUAACUGAAAAUGCAUUUAUCUCUUUUAUUUUCUGAAAUAUUACAAAAUGAAUUCUUUGAAAAUAGGUGAACAUUUGUAUAGAAAGCACAUAACAUUGAUGAAAAACUUUCUUAAAUUUGUCUUAAAAUCAUCAAAUCUAAUUACAAAUGCAUAGAUUUUUUCUUAAAAAUUGAUAUAGUGUUGAAACAAAAAUUUCCAUUUUGAUUUUAAUUGCAUCAACAAUUAAGCAAGAGUUUUAUAACUAAUAUGCCUGAAAUUUUAAAACAAGUAAAGGGUAGAUGGAAGUCUCAUUUUUGUAAGUUUUGAUGAUUUGUGGUUUUGUUUGUCCAGCAUUUUUGUACUUCACUCAUGGACAAAUUUAACACUGCUCUUUUUUUUCAAUCAGUAACUAGUACAAUUUUUUUGACAGUUUUACAAUGAAUGAAGUGGUCAAGAUUAGCCAUGGACAGAUAUAAUAUACUGUGGAUUCAUUUAUUUUCGUGGGUACCAAUUUUUGUAGAUUUAGGAAAAAUUGCAUUUUCAUGGAUAUUUGAUUUCAUGGUUUUACAAAAUCAUGCAUACAAGUCUAUACAAAAUUUCUUUUUUGUCGAUAAUUAAAAUUUCAUGGUUAACCUUUAUCCACGAAAUUUGGUAUCCUAUGCACAGUAAUAUGCUAGCUCAACACACUAAUAUUUUAUUGAUAAUAUUAUUAUUGCAUUUCUCAAACAGUCUACAGUACUCCCUGUUUUAUGUUCUGUUGUGAUUAAACUUACAUCAGUAGUUUUGCAUAUAGUCCUCUAACUUCUACCGGAUGUAUUUUUAAUUAAAGGCCAGUUUUUUGUUUAUUUUAUGUAUUUUCUCUUGCAUUUGUAUUGUUAUGUCUGCUCAGUGAUUGUUAUCUAGUCCAUAAAUAUUCCACAUGGAAUUUAAACCCAAUCAGAAUUUUUAUUUAAGCAUCAAUAUAUAAUAUUGAUCUAAUAUUAACUAUUUGAAUAUUGGAAUUAUAAAUAUAUAUCUAUAAAAUA